AUGGCAUCACAAGCUGUAUCAAUGCCUUCCCUGGGCUCCAAAUCUGAUCCCAAGCCCGUCGCAAACCUCGAGACCUCCAAGCCCAAGCCCUGCUGCGUGUGCAAGGAUGAAAAGUCGAAGCGCGACGAAUGUAUGCUGUUCUCCAAGGCUGCCGACCCUGCCGCCGACUGCAAGUCUACCAUCGAUCAGUACAAGAGCUGCAUGGCUGGAUUUGGUUUCCAGCUCUGA